AUGUCUACCAAAACCACCAUCAGAAGUCAAACCAGCCACCGUGGCUUCAGUGCCGGCUCAGCCAGAGUGCCUGGGCUGAACCGCUCUGGCUUCAGCAGUGUGUCUGUGAGCCGCUCCCGGGGUAGCGGUGGCUCUGGGGCAGUGUGUGGAGGAGCUGGCUUUGGCAGCAGAAGCCUCUAUGGUGUGGGGAGCUCCAAGAGGAUCUCCAUCGGAGGGGGCAGCUGUGGCAUUGGUGGAGGCUAUGGCAGCCGAGUUGGAGGAGGCUUCGGCUUUGGAGGAGGAGCCAGCAGUGGCUUUGGCUUUGGUGGUGGAGCUGGUAGUGGUUUUGGCUUCGGUAGUGGAGCUGGCUUUGGUGGUGGCUAUGGGGGCGCUGGUUUCCCCGUGUGCCCCCCUGGAGGCAUCCAAGAGGUCACCAUCAACCAGAGCCUCCUCACUCCUCUGAACUUACAAGUUGACCCCACCAUCCAGCGGGUGAGGACUGAAGAGCGCGAGCAGAUCAAGACCCUCAACAACAAGUUUGCCUCCUUCAUCGACAAGGUACGCUUCCUGGAGCAGCAGAACAAAGUCCUGGACACCAAGUGGGCCCUGCUGCAGGAGCAGGGCACCAAGACCGUGAGGCAGAACCUGGAGCCUUUGUUUGAGCAGUACAUCAGCAACCUCAGGAGGCAGCUGGAUGGAGUUCUGGGAGAGAGGGGCCGCCUGGACUCAGAGCUGAGGAGCAUGCAGGAGACAGUGGAGGACUACAAGAACAAAUAUGAAGACGAAAUCAACAAGCGCACAGCAGCAGAGAAUGAAUUUGUGACCCUGAAAAAGGAUGUAGAUGCUGCCUACAUGAAUAAGGUUGAACUGCAAGCUAAGACAGACAGUCUGACAGAUGAGAUCAACUUCCUGAGAGUUCUCUAUGAUGCAGAACUGUCUCAGAUGCAAACUCACAUCUCAGACACAUCUGUGGUCCUCUCCAUGGACAACAACCGCAGCCUGGAUCUGGACAGCAUCAUUGCUGAGGUCAAGGCCCAAUAUGAGGAGAUUGCUCAGAGGAGCCGUGCUGAAGCAGAGUCUUGGUACCAGACCAAAUACGAGGAACUGCAGGUCACAGCAGGCAGACACGGUGAUGAUCUGCGCAACACCAAGGAGGAGAUCGCUGAGCUCAAUCGCAUGAUCCGGAGGCUACAAGCGGAGAUUGAAAACCUCAAGAAUCAGAUUGCCAACCUUCAGGCUGCCAUUGCUGAAGCUGAGCAGCGUGGGGAGAAUGCCCUCAAGGAUGCCAGGGGCAAGUUGGAAGGGCUGGAGGAUGCCCUGCAGAAGGCCAAGCAGGACAUGGCCAGGCUGCUGAAGGAGUACCAGGAGCUCAUGAAUGUCAAGCUGGCCCUNNAUGUGGAGAUCGCCACCUACAGGAAGCUGCUGGAAGGAGAGGAGUGCAGGCUGAAUGGUGAAGGCGUUGGACCCGUCAACAUCUCUGUGGUGCAGUCCACCAUGUCCAGCGGCUAUGGCAGUGCAGGUGGUGCCAGCAGCGGCUUGGGCCUGGGAGGAGGCAGCAGCUACUCCUACAGCAGCAGCCAUGGCCUUGGAGGUGGCUUCAGUUCUGGCAGUGGCAGAGGCCUCAGUGGUGGCCUGAGCUCCUCUGGUGGCAGCUCUUCCACCAUCAAGUACACCACCACCUCCUCCAGCAGGAAGAGCUACCGGCACUGA